CAACGGCCUCGACGUGGUACUGCAGGCUCACGCGCACGUCGGUUGCCUCUAACAAACCCACAUCAAUGAUCAUCCCGGUUUUGUUUAAAUAAUAAUACAGAGCAACGUCGUUGACAGCCUGACGUCUAAAAUUGUGCCGCCAGAAUAUCAUUAUAUCAUAAUACCUAAGGUACCUACCCAGAUAUCCAUUGGACUAAAUCGCCGCGUGUCAAUGCCAUCAUGUCGUGGUCGUCAUUUGCAAUUCCAACCCGGCGUAUCCCAACUGUGGCCUCCGAUUCCGACCCAGAUACCUCAACACUCUCGUCCGCAACACCAUGGGACCAAACUUCGGCCAGGGCGCAGCCGAUUCCCUGCCAGGGCAGAACCUUAACGCACACCGAUUCGGGCUACGGAACGGAAGACAGCUCCGCGUUUGUCUCCCCCAGCGUCAAAAACAGGUCGGAACUAUCACAACGAAAUGGCGAGGAAUCUCAAAAUAUUCCCGUGAGAAGCGUGCCGCUGCCCGGCAAAGAAGAGUUGCAGAUAUUCAGGACUGAGGUGGAUGGCGUCUACAAUGCCCGCUUUCGGGAAAUCGCGCCCGAGAUUCAGCGCCAAUUAGUGAAGAGCACCCAGCAAGGGCUGCCUCUGUUCCAGUCAUCAUCAAGGGCCAGAUCCAGGAGGCAAAUGACCAUGUCGUUGAGACUCAUGACCGUUGGCAGAACGGUCGAGACAGCUAGGCCAUCCAUCGUCGUCUUCCUUCCCGGCGAGGGAGCCAGUCGUGUUGAGACGCUGUUAGAACAACCAUUCCUGCGGUCAUUAUACAGGCCUGAUGACGGCAUUACACCCUCCUUUGACGUUGUUGUUGUCGGCCAGCCGCCCAGGAAGCGGCUUCGCCGAGACAUUCGCGUCACCUGGGACACCAGUCUCUCCAAGCAAAGGGACCUGCCGACUUACUGUGGCGCUCGGAUCUGCCUGAAAACGCCCCUGGGAACCUCGGCCAUGGCCACGCUCGGAGGCGUCGUGAAGCUCACCUACGGACCCCGAGACUUCAAACUCGUCGGGAUGACCGCAGGGCACGUCCUAGAAGAGCUAUUCUAUCUCGAAGAAGCAGAGUGUCCCGACGGCCCUGUCACCGAGGAUACACAAGCCAGACUCGACCCAUUCAACUUCAACCACCACCAAACCGUCGGCAAAAUGCUAUCCCCAUACCCACCCACAGACGCCGCCGACGACGACAUGCCAUCCGAAACCACCGACAUCCGCACCCCGUCCUGCGACUGGGCCCUCUUCGACAUCGACCCCACCCUCCGCAUCCGCCCCAACCUCCUCCGCCGCUCAGGCAGCACCGCGGUCCACCACCACCACCCCGGCAGAUGGGCCGCCGGCCCCAACUCCGGCAUGGUCAACGGCCGCACCAUGACCACCGCACCGGCAGCCAGCUUCCCGUCAGCCGAGCCCAUCGAGGUCGCCCUCCUCGGCGGCUCCACGCCCCAUUCUCAAUGCGGCAGCGGCGGCAGCGGCGGCACGAUGCUAGGCGUGCUCUCGCACGUCCCCGGCGGCAUCAUGCUGGACGCUUCGCACGGGUUUGUCGACGCCUACCUGCUCGAACUAGACGAGGGGCAGGCGCCGCUGCGGGACGGCGACUCGGGCGCGUGGGUGGUCAACCCGGUGUCGAUGGAGGUGUACGGGCACGUGGUCGCGACCGACGCCACGGGGGACGCCUACGUGCUGCCGCUGCACCGGAGCUUUGAGGAGAUGAGGGCGGUGCUGCCGGGGGUGGAGGCGGUGGAUCUGCCGCGGACGGCGGACUUGUUGGAUGUCGCGCUGCGGGCGUCGACUGCAUCUGCAUGUGGUGGCGCCGGGGUGAGGGGGGGCGGCGUGAUGACGGGGGAGUGUCCGCGGGAGCGGAGGGCGUCGGAGGUUUUUUUGCUGUGUGAUGGCUGGAAACUGCGGGAUUUGAAGAGGUCGAGUCUUUAUCAUGAUGGGGACUCGGGGUAUGGGUCGACUGGGUCGGUUGGGUCGACUUUGGAUAGCGGCAGUCCCUUUGAUGUAACGGGUGAAGAUGAACUUUGGGAUUUUGGGCUUGCUGAGGAGGCAGAUUGUCUGUUUUGAUGAAUAUUCUAGAGAAAUACAGGCGCCCAUCAUACAA